AGCCGGGCAGGCUGCCAUCGUCGGGACCGGAAAAGCAUGAGGGGCGUACAUCCGGCGUCCGUCCCUCUUUGCGUUCCCCCUCUUACCACUCCUUCCCUCCGACCCCCCGCUCCAGCCUGCCUUUCCCUCAUCCCCUCAGCUCGGGCUUCCCUCGCAGUCCCUGCCGCUGCAGGCCCCGAGGCAGAACCUCAGGCAUGACCUCCCUUCCUGGGUGUUUUGGUUUGGGUGCUGCUGCAGCAGCUGGGAUGGACCCUCAAGAGAUUGCUGAGCUGCAGCAGGCUGUGGUGGAGGAGCUGGGCAUCUCCAUGGAAGAACUUCGACAGUUUAUUGACGAGGAACUGGAAAAGAUGGACUGUGUGAAGCAGCGCAAGAGACAGCUGGCUGAGCUGGAAACCUGGGUGGUGCAGAAAGAGUCUGAGGUCGCCCACGUUGAUGAACUCUUUGAUGAAGCAUCCAGGGCAGUGACUAACUGUGAAUCUCUGGUGAAGGAUUUCUACUCCAAACUGGGGCUACAGUAUCGAGAGAGCAGUUCUGAAGAUGAAGCCUCUAAACCCACAGAAGUAAUUGAGAUUCCAGAUGAGGAUGAUGAUGUCCUCAGUGUUGAUUCAGGUGAUGCAGGCAGCAGGACCCCAAAGGACCAGAAGCUCCGAGAAGCUAUGGCUGCCCUGAGGAAGUCAGCCCAAGAUGUCCAAAAGUUCAUGGAUGCUGUCAACAAGAAGACUAGUUCCCAGGACCUGAACAAAGGAGCCUUGGGUCAAGUGCCUGUUGAAUUGAGUAAGGAUGGUGACCUUGUUGUCAGCAUGAGAAUCCUGGGCAAGAAAAGGACCAAGACAUGGCACAAGGGAACCCUCAUUGCCAUCCAGACAGUUGGGGCUGGGAGGAAGUUCAAAGUCAAAUUUGACAACAAAGGGAAGAGCCUGUUGUCUGGGAACCAUAUUGCCUAUGACUAUCACCCUCCAGCAGACAAGCUGUAUGUAGGCAGCCGCGUGGUGGCCAAGUAUAAGGAUGGGAAUCAGGUCUGGCUCUAUGCUGGCAUCGUGGCUGAGACUCCAAAUGUCAAAAACAAGCUCAGGUUCCUCAUCUUCUUUGAUGAUGGCUAUGCAUCCUAUGUCACACAAUCUGAGCUCUAUCCCAUUUGUAGACCACUGAAGAAGACAUGGGAGGACAUUGAGGACAUUUCGUGCCGAGACUUCAUCGAAGAAUAUAUCACUGCCUACCCCAACCGUCCCAUGGUGCUACUUAAGAGUGGGCAGCUCAUAAAGACUGAAUGGGAAGGCACUUGGUGGAAGUCACGGGUGGAAGAGGUGGAUGGGAGUCUGGUCAAGAUCCUGUUCCUGGACAGACUCCGGCCUCUCUCCCUUCUCCCCCGACAUCAGGAUGACAAGCGGUGCGAAUGGAUCUAUAGAGGCUCCACCCGACUAGAGCCCAUGUUCAGCAUGAAGACAUCCACAGCGUCCACACUGGAGAAGAAGCAGGGGGGGCAGCUCCGGACACGCCCAAACAUGGGUGCUGUGAGGAGCAAAGGUCCUGUGGUACAGUAUACUCAAGAUCUCACUGGUACUGGAACCCAGUUCAAGCCCCUGGAACCACCUCAUACUGCCUCCUUGCCUGCCCCCGCCCUGUCCCCUCAGGUGGCUGAUUUGGAAAGUCUGGAGAGUCAGCUCGCCCAGGCACGGAAGCAAGUGGCCAAAAAGAGCACAUCUUUCCGGCUAGGUUCUGUGGGCUCUGGUCAUUCGUCCCCUACGUCCCCUGGGCUUAAUGAGGCAGUCCCUGGUGGGAAGUCUGGAGUUGGCCAGACAGUCAGGUUAGCACCAGGCUCUGCGGCCCCUGGCCCGACCUUCCCCGCUUUUCAUGGCAUGCUGGAGCGGGCUCCAGCCGAACCCUCCUAUCGGGCCCCGAUGGAGAAGCUCUUCUACUUGCCUCAUGCCUGUAGUCACACCUGCCUCACUCGAGUGAGGCCAGUGAGUAACGCGCAGUACCGGGGCAAGAACCCCCUCUUGGUUCCUCUGCUCUAUGAUUUUCGGCGCAUGACGGCCCGGCGCCGGGUCAACCGCAAAAUGGGCUUUCAUGUUAUCUAUAAGACACCCUGCGGCCUCUGCCUGAGGACAAUGAACGAGAUUGAACGCUACCUCUUUGAGACAAGCUGCGAUUUCCUUUUCCUGGAGAUGUUCUGUUUGGACCCAUAUGUUCUUGUGGAUCGGAAAUUCCAGCCCUAUAAGCCUUUUUACUACAUCCUGGACAUCACCCAUGGCCAGGAGGAUGUUCCUCUGUCAUGCGUCAAUGAGAUUGAUACUACCCCACCACCACAGGUGGCCUAUAGUAAAGAGAGGAUCCCGGGGAAGGGCGUCUUCAUCAACACUGGCUGGGAGUUCCUUGUUGGCUGUGACUGCAAAGAUGGUUGUCGGGACAAGUCUAAAUGUGCUUGCCACCAGCUUACCAUCCAGGCAACAGCCUGCACCCCAGGAGGCCAGAUCAACCCUAACUCUGGCUACCAGCAUAAGAGACUAGAUGAGUGCCUACCCACAGGGGUAUAUGAAUGUAAUAAGCGCUGCAAAUGUAACCUGAACAUGUGCACAAACCGCUUGGUGCAGCAUGGGCUGCAGGUUCGACUGCAGCUCUUCAAGACACAGAACAAGGGCUGGGGCAUCCGGUGCUUGGAUGACAUCGCCAGAGGCUCCUUUGUCUGUAUCUAUGCAGGCAAAAUUCUAACUGACGACUUUGCAGACAAGGAGGGUCUAGAAAUGGGGGAUGAGUACUUUGCAAACCUGGACCAUAUUGAAAGUGUGGAGAACUUUAAGGAAGGAUAUGAAAGUGAUGCCCCUUGCUCCUCUGACAGCAGUGGUGUGGACCUGAAGGACCAAGAAGAUGGGAACAGUGGCACUGAGGACCCUGAAGAGUCUAAUGAUGACAGUUCAGAUGAUAACUUUUGCAAAGAUGAGGACUUUAGUACCAGUUCAGUCUGGCGUAGUUAUGCCACCCGGCGGCAGACAAGAGGCCAGAAGGAGAAUGGAUUGUCUGAGACGGCCUCCAAAGACUCCCGCCCCCCAGACUCUGGCGUCUCCAAUCUUUCUGCCCCUCCACUUUCCAUAGGGGGCUGUAAACCUCCUUCCUCUGAGGACACACCCAAGAACAAAGUGGCCACGUGGCUAAGCUGCAACAACGUCAGUGAUGGCAGCUUUGCUGACUCAGAUAGCCGCUCUUCCUUCAGGACCAGCGAGGGUGGAGAUGGGAGGGCUGGGGGAGGCCGUGGAGAUGGAGAGAAGCCCUCCAUCUCAGGGGUAGGGGUCAAAGAAGAGGGGGAUAUCAAGCCACCCAAGAAAGAGGAGCCUGAUGAACUGAACAAGAUUUUGUUGCCUAGUGAAAGUUCCAGGACUUUUGGUUACAACCCAUCCCCCUUGAAGACUGAAGGUAUCAAGUGCCCACCUAGCAAGACCAAUAUGCUUCAGGCCCGGAGGCUUGUGGGGCGUGCCCAAGCCAACCCUGAUGAUGUUUUGACACUGUCCAGCAGCACAGAAAGCGAGGGGGAGAGUGGGACAAGCCGAAAGCCCAUGGCUGGUCAGGCUCUAGCCACAGCAGCUGACAGUGAUGACAUCCAGACCAUCUCAUCUGGCUCUGAUGGCGAGGAUUUCGAAGACAAGAAGAACCUGUCUGGCCCAAUCAAACGUCAGGUGGCUGUGAAAUCCACACGUGGUUUUGCUUUAAAAUCAACACACGGCAUUGCUAUCAAGUCAACCAAUAUGGCAUCUGCAGACAAGGGUGAGAGCGCACCUGUCCGCAAGAACACGCGCCAGUUCUAUGAUGGCGAGGAGUCUUGCUACAUCAUUGAUGCCAAGCUAGAAGGCAACCUGGGUCGCUAUCUCAACCACAGCUGCAGUCCUAACCUGUUUGUCCAGAAUGUCUUUGUCGACACCCACGACCUUCGUUUCCCCUGGGUUGCUUUCUUUGCCAGCAAGAGGAUACGGGCCGGAACGGAGCUGACCUGGGACUAUAAUUAUGAGGUGGGCAGCGUGGAGGGGAAGGAGCUGCUGUGCUGCUGUGGGGCCAUAGAGUGCCGAGGACGGCUUCUUUAAACCUCCCUGCCACGCUCAGGACACUCCGAGUCAUCUCAAACUAUGGCCCUAUCCAGCAGACUUGACCCCUCCUCCCCUUCCUCAAAUAGAUAAAAAUGGGUACCCUGCAGUUGGAGGGUCCCUUCCCGUGUGGUGCUAUCAGGCAGGGCCCGUCCCCUCCACCCCCAGUCUACCUUCCCAGCAUGACAGUUGAAGGAGAUCACAGCUUGUGGACAGGGCCCUUCCAUUCCUGUCCCUUCUAUUGCAUUCACAUGAGUGUGGCAGACCUAAUCUGUCCCUGAGAUGGGGGUGGUUUUUCCCACCCCCACUCCCACUUUGUAUUCUUCCUUGAACAUCUUUUAACAAGGAGAUAAAUCUGUGUCUCUCUGGUUUGAUUUUUCUUUCCCAGCUCCCUUCUCCAGACAAGGGAGUCUGAUCCUAUGAUCUUAGUUUGUUCUUCUUGCCCAUACACACUGUCCUGAGUAUCUUGGAUCAUCAGUUAGUCCUUUCCUAUGUCUGUGUGCCAGGUAAAGUUUAAGGGGGGGUGGGGGGAAUGUGUGUGGAAUUUUAAGGUUGGUUGUGAAGAAGACAAAGAUAAACUGUUUCUUUUGUUCCCCACCAAAUCCCCAUGUUCUCACAUGUCUCUUGCCAUGUUUUAUUUAAUCUUUAAUAUAUUUUAAUUAAAAAAACACACACACACAAACAGUACAACA